AUGUCCGAUAGCAACCCCCAUCACCCAGGCGUGCGCAGCUUGCUGGCCAAGUUCGAAGGCCAAUCUCCGAUUACCUCCCCGCCCUCCCGUGGCAGAUCUCCCGCCGCCUCAGAUUCCUCGGGGACAGCUCGACAGUUGUCCAGGGUCCGCGCGAGCUUCGUGAAUGUCGAAGGAGCCCUACAAUCCAAUCCAGCAUCGCCAUUGAGGAAAACAAGUGGACGGAGUGAUAGCCCGGGCAUAUUUGGACCGAAAAUCAAAUCAGAGGAUGUGCAGCCGGAUCGGCAGAACAUGGCUUCACCCACUCCAAUCAGCUCGGUAGAGCACACCCAGAACGCGACUUUGGCCCAGAUCAUGGCGGAAGGUCGAUCCGAACCCCUUCAAUCGAAGACCCAACCGAAUAAAACCACCCAGGAGCCUGCUGCACGCUUGAAGACUGAGUCCCAAUCGCAAGACGCGCCGAAGGCAGGAACUGCCCCCGCCAAAUCUAGGUCUACAACCUCUGAGACCCCUUUGCAGAAGUCCGACGGUUCAAUCAAGAGAAAGCCAUCUACUGUUGGAUCGACGGCUAAUAGGCCAUCGACUACUGCCACAUCGACUGGCGGAACCCGAUCCCAAGCUACCUCCAAGCCAUCAGCUCGCGAAGUGGCCAAGGAGCGUUCUAACUCCCUUGCCCAUAAGCCGAGCCGUGUCUCCUUGAACCCCAAGACGACAACACGGCCAGCCCGAGGUGCUACUCCCGUAGAACCUUCAAAGCCAUCUCCUACAGUGAGCAGAUCUACUCGUCAGGCUACAACCACCAUGCCACCACCCCCUAAGCCAGCAAGCACUCGGACAGCCAACACUCUGACGAGAAAGCCCUCAACCCUCAGAAAUGGAGCUGGAUCCCAACCGCAAGCGACUUCAUCGACCGGUGUUCGCAGACAGUCAUCUCGCGCCUCGCUGCCGGCCCAGUCAGCCAGUGAACGCCCCAGUUCUCGGGCCAGCGAUGCUCACUCCAACAAGCCAGUCAACGAGGGCUUCCUUGCUAGAAUGAUGCGGCCUACUGCUAGUUCCGCCAACAAGUCCCUUGAGAAGACGGACGCGAAGCCUGUGCCCAAGACCACACCGGCUUCAAAGGCCCCCCGGCAGUUUAUCGGUGGCAAGAUCCCUGAGCGGACUGCUUCACAGUCAAAGCCUAAGACUACCACUCUGCGACCUCAGAGCGAGAAGUCUCAAGCUGCAAACAAGGUUCCUGCUCGUGACCACCCUGUUCCUCAGAAGAAGCAGGAAAGCGAGAAGGAGAAUAUCGUGGAGCCUAUCGAGGCCAGCCACAAGGAGCCCCUCGCUGUAGAGAAGACACAGGCUACUGCCGCGGAACAGCUCGAAGCGGUUUCUGAGCCAGUUGAGGAAAUUGCUGUAUCUGUUCAAGCUGAACAGCUCAACGAGAAGGCUAUCUCCACCGCCGAACCAGUUGAGAAAUCGGCUGAAGUGUGUGAGCCCCUUGUUGAAGCCUCAAUUGAUCCUGUCGAGCCCGAAACUAAGGUUGAGGCCGAAGUUGAGGAGGUCCUAGCCGCAGUUGAUGAGGCCGAGGCUCCCAUAAAGGCUGAAGUCGAGGUCCCUGUUGAGACAAUUACAUCAAUUCCCGAGGCUAUUGAGACUACCACUUCCCCCGUGGUGGUUGAUGCCACCCCAGUUCAAGCCAACGAGACUAUUGAAGAGCCCGAGGCCUCUGUUCCAGCCCCUGUCGAGGCUGAGGUGUCUGAGCAGACGACUGUUGUCCAUGAGCCGGAACUAGACCAGAAGUUCGAAGCCAAGGUUGAAGUUUCCGAGGAAAACGAGGCGGUUCCAGUCAAGGACGUCACCGUUCCUGAGGCUUCAGAGCCCGAGGAGAAGGUCGCAGAGGAGAAGUCAGCAGAUAUCAAGCCUACCGAGGCGACGCCCGCCACUGAGGCCGAGUCUAGCAACAUCGCCCUCGAUAUCACUACUCUGGCACUGAACUAG